AUGGCUUUGAUCAAGAACAAAUCCUUCUUCACUUGUUUGAUGAUUCUUGUGGCACUCCUCGGAGUUGUCGUGGGAGGAACCGUUCACAAAGUCGGUGACUCGAAAGGAUGGACCAUGAUGGGCGUGGACUACGAAGCUUGGGCCUCUUCAAGAACUUUCCAAGUCGGAGACUCUUUGGUCUUCGAAUACAACAACGAGUACCACGACGUUACUCAAGUCACUCCCCUUGAUUUCGAGCUCUGUGAACCGUCUUACCCGCUAGCCAAAUACCAAACCGGUUCUGACAUGGUCAAACUAACCAAACCGGGAGUCCAUAACUUUAUAUGCGGAGUUCCUGGUCACUGCGACGCAGGUCAAAAGCUUCAAAUCCACGUCUUACCAGCCUCGUUGGGUCCCGUUGCAGCUCCUGUUCCUAGACCGGUCCGAUCACCAAGCUCAAUCUCUUCCUCUUCGUCUCCUUCGCCGGCCAACGCUCCACAGUAUCAACAUCAGAUUGCUCCAUCUCCUCUUCAAAGCGGUGCCACGAAGUUAGCUUCUUGGAUCGGCUUCAGCUUGUUGGCUUUGUUCUUAGCUUUCUAA